AUGGCCGCUGAAGGUCGAGCUUUACUAUACGGUUUCUGGCUGUCAUCGUGUAGUUGGCGAGUGAGAGCUGCUUUAAUUUUAAAAGGUGUACCUUUCGAAGAAAGACGUGUGGAUAUAAUCCGAGAAUGUAAACACCUUACUGAUGAGUACAAGAGUAUUAAUCCAUCGCAAAAAGUGCCCGCACUAGUUAUUGAUGGAGCAACUCUUGUUGAGUCUAUGGCUAUACUUCAAUAUCUAGAAGACACUCGUCCCAAACCCACUCUACAGCCUAACACACCCCUACACAGAGCUCGCAUGAGAGAAAUAUGUGAAACAGUAGUGUCUGGUAUUCAGCCGCUGCAGAAUAUAGGUAUAAGAGCUCAUUUUGAUACUGAAGAUCGUUAUAAGAAGUUUACUAGAUACUGGACGGCGAGGGGUUUGCAAACCCUUGAGGAAUUGCUACAGAAAUCAGCUGGUCGAUACUGUGUUGGGGACAGAUUAACUAUGGCGGACCUGUGCCUUGUACCACAAUUGUACAAUGCCUCUACAAGACAUAAGUUAGACCUGAAAAUGUUCCCAACAGUUUCCAAACUGUACGAGACGCUAUUAAAAGAAGAAACUUUUAGGGAGAGUCACCCGGAGAACAUCAAACAGAAAGUAACCGAA